AUCUUUUUGUUUUUUAAAAAUAAUAUUGUCAAAAUGGGUAAAGCAGCUGUAGAGCAAAAGAAUAAAAAAAUAUUUGUUUCUGACGAAGAACCCUCUGAUACGGAAAGUGUAUCUAAUGAAGAAGGCUCUAGCUCAGAAGAAGAAGGUAGUAAGAAACGUCUUCAUAAUGAUGAUGACAGUGAGGUUGAAACUGAAGAAGACAAUGAAGGACCUGUUUCCAAAAAAUCCAAAGUUGAAGCUGUUCAAAAGGAAGCAUCGACUGAAGGGGAUUGUACUGUUUGGGUCGGGCAACUCUCUUUCCGGGCCACCGAAGAUGAUAUCCAAGCCUACUUUGAUUCUUGUGGCACCAUCACUGAAGUCAGACUUCGCACUGAUCCCUCCACCGGUAACUCUCGUGGAUUCGCCUACAUUGACUUUGCCGAUGCCGCUGGUAAGAAGGCUGCAUUAGAGCUCGAUGGUACUGAGUUCAUGGAGCGUUACAUCAAAGUAGACAACGCCAACGCAGCCAAGCCUCGAAACAACAAUAAUAGACCUGAUAACAACAGUUUCGGCCCUAAGACCAACACCGUGUUUGUUGCUAAUCUUGCUCAUUGUCUCAGCGAAGACGAUGUGCGUCAAGCAUUUGCUAAGUUUGGCAAUAUCGUCGGUGAGGUUCGCUUACCCUUCAAUAGAGAUACAGGCAAACCUCGUGGUUUUGGGUAUGUUCAGUUUGAAACGGAGGAUGAGGCUGAAGCCGCGGUAAAGGCUAUGAAUGGUGUAUCCAUCGAAGGACGUCCUGUGCGUACAGAUUUCAGCAGUGGAAGCUCUGGUAGACGCCCUACCAAUGAUGGCUUCAAGUUUGGCCAUGGUCGUGGUGGCGGUAGAGGUGGCAAUAGAGGCGGAGACGAUCGCUAUGGUAACCGUAGCGGUGGUUUCAGAGGUGGACGUGAUGGUAACAGAAGUGGUUUUAGAGGUCGUGGUGCACCUCGUUAUUAAAUGAAUUUUUGUAUAUACUCUUUCUUUUUAUCUUAAUCUAUGCUGUUUUUAUCUAUUUUGUAAAUAUGCGCUCUACAAUCUUUAUGCUAAUACAUUCAUCGAAUUAAAGAAUGAAAGUAUAUCUUAUUCUACUAUAAGAAACAAUAAUAGUGAACAUUUUUCGCAUGAAUUGCUUUAAAUGUUAUAUAGCCUUCAUAUGCUAUUAUUAGAUUAGUAAGAAGAGUCCGAGUCCUGUCAAAAAAUGCUCUCAAAAAUUUAUCGCUGAGUCACAGCUAAAAGCUUGACGGCCUUCCACCAUGGUGUCAGGAGAAUAGCAAAAUUUUCACGGCAGUAAUCUUCUGGAAUAGUG